GGCCUGCUCCCUCAGCUCCACAGCUCAGCUAUGUGCUCUGGGGCUUCUCGAGCCGACGGUACUGAUGAGGGGAUCCUUGAAGCUGGAGGCCCCUUUGGCAUGGGGCCCUUUGCCCAGAGGAGCUGGGUGGAGACGGAAAGCUGGGCUGCAGUCUUGAGGGUCAGCCAGGUGGGAGGUAGGAUGCAUAUGGGGGCAUGUGAGGUGUACGUGCGUCCUACAGUGACUUCUUGUUGCCCUGCUCCACUCUAAAUGGUGCCUCAGUCACCUGUCUGCAGACCCCAUUGUAGAAUAGUGCCUAAGAGUUCCUUCGUUCUCCAAGCGAGGGGAUGAAGCAAAUCUCCAAGGAAGCUCCAAGUCCAAGAGCGUUAGUGGGCGGGUCAGAUCUGCAGGGUGCUGCAGGAGUAGGAGGGGUUAAGAUGCGGGGACAGCCCUCCAUCCCCCUAACCCCGUGCUGGCCUCUUUCCUGUUAUUUCUCUGCCAGAGCAGGAGCCCCUUGCCCUCCAGGUGGGAGCAGUAGGGCCUUCUGGGGGGCAACCGUCCUUCUGUCCCUCCGCUAGGAGGAGAAGGAAUGUGGCCUAGCUGGCUGGUUAGGAUCUAGGAUCGAGGAGGAGCUUUGGGGCAGGGCGGGGCAGGGGCAGGCAGGCAGAGACGAAGACUCCUGCUCACUGCCCUCCCGCGGCUGCACAGCAAGGGCCCGCUGCCCCCCUUCAGGCUGUGCAGCCAUGUUCUGGGUGCUCUGACCCCACGGAAGCCCAUGGGGAGCCCCAGCUUGGCAGCUCCGCUCCUGCUUCUCCUCCUGCUCCUCAUUGGCCUCUCUGCCUCGGCCGGAAUUGGCUGCCCCUACCUGCCCCGCUGGAGCACCCACUGUCUGCUGGCCUCCCACAUGGAAGACACUCUCACUGGAAGGUCUGCCCAUAUUCCUUGCCAUACGCAGUUGGCCUUUCCUGUGUCCCUAAAGCCUUGGUGUGCUCAGCUCUGGCUCUGCCCCUAUCUGUGCCUGCGUCUGGUGUCAGAUCCUUCAGGCCUCCCGGAGGGCUGGUUCCACCUCCUUGUGCAGAAAUACAAAAAGUCCUAUAAGUUCCAGUUCUGUAGGAGACAUAAGAUGCCAACAUCUGCUCAGGCCAACCAUGUUCUCUGCCUACAGAGGAAGCUGCUGAGUAGCUGUUGCCUGUCUGAAAAGGGUCAUCACAUUGCUGUCUCCUCCCCAGACAUCUCUCACAAGGGGUUGCGCUCUAAAAGGACCCAACCUUCAGAUCCAAAGGCAUUGGAAGGUCUCCCCAGACCCAGCUCACAAAGGCAUGAAGGGCCUGAGUUCUCCUUUGAUUUGCUGCCUGAGGCACGGGCUAUUCAAGUGACCAUUCCUCCAGGACCUGAGGUCAGCGUGCGUCUUUGUCACCAGUGGGUACUAGAAUGUGAGGAGCUGAGCAGUCCCUUCGACUCCCAGAAAACUGUGUCUGGGGGCCAUGCCGUAGAACUGCCUUAUGAAUUCCUUCUGCCCUGUCUAUGCAUAGAGGCAUCCUACCUACAAGAGGACACCGUGAGGCGCAAAAAAUGUCCCUUCCGGAACUGGCCUGAAGCCUAUGGCUCGGACUUCUGGAAGUCAGUGCACUUUACUGACUACAGCCAGCACAGUCAGAUGGUCAUGGCCCUGACCCUCCGCUGCCCGCUAAAGCUGGAGGCCUCCCUCUGCCAGAGGCAGGGCUGGCACACCAUCUGCGAAGACCUCCCCAAUGCCACGGCUCAAGAGUCAGAGGGGUGGUAUGUCUUGGAGAGCGUAGACCUGCACCCCCAGCUCUGCUUCAAGUUCUCAUUUGGAAAUAGCAGCCAUGUUGAAUGCCCCCACCGGACUGGUGAGCCGUUAAGUGACCCUGGCUGGGACCCCCUUCCACCGUUGAACCCUUACCCAACUGUGACCAAGCCAGACUGGAGCCCUGUUCUGAUUUCUCUGGCAACUACAGCCCAGCUCUUAUCACCUCCUGCAAACAGAAUGUCUCCCAUGAUGCCCUUUCCCACCCUGGCAGCCCCAUCCUGGAAUGUUAGCAUGGAUACCCAGGCCCAGCAGCUGGUCCUUCACUUCUCCUCAAGGAUUCACGCCACCUUCAGUGCUGCCUGGAGCCACCAAAGCUUGGGGCAGGACAGCUUGGUGCGCCCCGUGUACAGCAUCAGCCAGACUCAGGGCUCAAGCCCAGUGACACUAGAUCUCAUCAUUCCCUUCCUGAAGCCAGGGAGCUGUGUCCUGGUGUGGAGGUCAGAUGUUCAGUUUUCCUGGAAGCACCUCUUGUGUCCAGAUGUCUCUCAUAGACACUUGGGGCUCUUGAUCCUGGCACUGCUGGCCCUCGCCACCCUGUUGGGCAUUGUUCUGGUCUUCACCCGCCGGCGCCCGCUGUCAGGCCCUGGCCGAGCGCGGCCGGUGUUGCUCCUGCAUGUGGCGGACUCCGAGGCGCAACGGCGCCUGGUGGGAGCGCUGGCUGAACUACUGCGGGCAGCGCUGGGCGGCGGGCGCGACGUGAUCGUGGACCUGUGGGAGGGGACGCGCGUGGCGCGCGUGGGCCCGCUGCCGUGGCUGUGGGCGGCGCGGGCGCGCGUGGCGCAGGAGCGGGGCACCGUGCUGCUUCUGUGGAGCAGUGCCGGCCCCAGUCCAGCCCGCGGCCGGGAUCCCCACUCGGCGCCCCUGCGCGCCCUGCUCCGCGCCGCCCCGCGCCCCCUGCUGCUGCUCGCUUACUUCAGUCGCCUCUGUGCCAAGGGCGACAUUCCCCCGCCACUGCGCGCCCUGCCCCGCUACCGCCUGCUGCGCGACCUGCCACGCCUGCUCCGGGCGCUAGACGCACGGCCCUCGUCUGAAGCCACCGGCCGAGGCCGCCUCGGGGAUCGGCCUUGCCUGCGGGGUCGCGUGGAGCUGUGCCACCGGCUGGAACGCGAGGCCGCCAAAUUUUGCCAACCGAGGCUGAGCAGAGACAGGCGUAGGGGUACUGGCUGGACCCCCUGAAUGAGCCUGCUACCCUAGAAUCCUUGGGGUGCGUCCUCAGGACUACUGGCCCAAAAUCCUUAUGCUCUGUCUGCUAGCCUGGGAGCAGAGCACUUCCCUCGCUGUCCCAGCCCCUUCCCUACGUCUGGCUUCUUCCUCAUGUUGACCCUUUCAGAACCAGCAGGGAGAGUCGCUGUUUACUGAGGGCUCCGCUGCUCGCAGUCCUGUUUGGGGUGGGGGAAUCUUCCCACUUCUUUUCUUCAAAAUUCCAGGAAGAGUAGUCUGCACAUGCUCCAGUCCAGGCUAGGGAGGUGUGGGACAGAGGUUAGGGGAGGCAGGAGCGAUGGCAAUUCUGAGUGAGGGGUA